AAAUCGUUAUCAGCUCCACUACUCUGUUGCGCGGCAUCAUAUCAACAAUCACACCACUUUUUUCCCUCUUUUUUGGUGAACUUUUAUAAAAAUUGACUUUUUAUUGAUUUGUAUACAUGACGGCGGAAGCUUCUUCCAGCUCCACGCGAUGUCUAAUUUGUUCAGCACAAGCCACUGGAUUUCACUUUGAAGCUCAGUCCUGCUCAGCUUGUGCUGCAUUUUUCCGGCGGACCGUUGCACUGACAAAAAGUUUCAAGUGCAUCACAGGAAGGGAUGACUGCAAUGUUCAUUAUAGUAUGCACCAAAUCUGCAGAAGCUGCCGUCACAAAAAGUGCCUGAGCAAUGGGAUGAAGCCCGGUGGAGUUCAACCCAAAAAGCCAAACAUUGAAACCGGAAGAGCAUUUUUCACAAAAUCAGGGCUCAAGAGAAAUAAGAAAUUCGCGAAUGUGUCCCCGCAGACGGCUGACGAGCAGAAGCUCGUGGUGGAGGGGGUUAAGGUUCCUAAAAUUGAGGUUCAGGAGCCAAAUAGCUUGGAGGACUUGGAACAGGAUAAUGAAUUUGUGAUAAAAACCCCUACACCUCGGAAAAUCUCAUCGUCCACCUCCUUCAGCGCCUCAACAACUACAAACUACAGUACUCCCGGACCAUCUCCGAUGGCUCCCUGCUCAGCGGGCCCGGAUGUGCUCACCCUGUUCAUACGGGAAGAGAUGAAGCUCGGUGAGAGAAGGAGGCUAUUGUUCAGUGAACGAGCAGUAGGGACUCUAUUGGGACAGAAUAAGCAUUGUCCCUACAAAAAAGAGGACAUAAAACCCCUGGUAUUCCACGACUUUCGUCUAACCAUAAAAACACACAUAAUGCUAGUCUACGAGUGGCUCCAAACCUGGCCCGAGCUCCAGGAGCUCGACGACUUCGACCGAAUGUCACUGCUCCGGAAAGCUGUAUUAAUACAUUUCCUACUUGAUCCAUCCUUCUUAUCAUAUCAAAUCGGUGAACCUGAUAAGCUGAUAAUGCAGAACGGGGGCUUCAUAUCAACAGCGGACCAUCAUGGAGUUGGCUGGGAGGAUGAGACGGAUAUCAGUGGGGAGAAUAAGAGAAAGUACUAUGUUCCAAUUAUGAAACAAAUCACCGACGAGAUCAUGCCUGCGAUGGAAGCUAUGAAGAUCACUUUUGAGGAAUUUGUGGCGCUGAAGGCGCUGGCGUGCUUUCAAGGGGGUUUCGAAAACGUGUCAGAGGCGAAACGUCACCUAAUCACCCAACAAGUUAACAGGAUAAUGACGUCACUACACACCCAUUAUCUUGAAAAUUCCGAAGAAAAAAUCGCGGAGAGGUUUGGAACCAUUGUGCUCAUGCUGAGCAAUAUAUUUACUGCCGGCAAUGAUUUUGUGCAAAAUCACAGAGAAAUCGAUAUUUUCCACAUUUGGGAUCUGGACAAGCUGGUGCUCCAGCUGCUCAACCUCGACAAAAUUAUGGAGACAGAAGCCAGGGAGACUGCCGAGAAACGGGCGAUGCGGAAUGGGAUUAAUGUUGUUAAUAAUAAUAAUGAUGUGCUUUUGGGUCAGGCAAAGCUUGAAAAAUGAGAAUAAAUGAAUUUUUGGGCUUUUUAAAAUUUUAGAAUUUUAUAACUUUUUGAAAAAAAAUUUUUUUUUCGUUUUUUUUUUUUCAAAUUUCAAAAAAUUAUAACUUUAGUCAUUUUUAAGAUUUUUUGCUCAUUUUUUGCAAAAAUGUGCGAAAAAAUUAUAUCUACAGCAUACCCAUCAAUUUUCCCCCUGGGACCCAAAAAA